CUUCAUUUCGCGACAGAGCAAGAUGCUUCUCGUCACCCUGUUAAAGCUCGUGUUGCUGGUUGGGAAGUCGAGAUCGCAAGAGUCGCAGGAUGCUCUGUUGCGGGAUGAGGAGGGCGUGUUCACGCGAUUUGAUAAGGGCAAAGAACAGGUAUGGUCAGAUCAACUCUCAGUCUUGUUCGCUCUCACUUUUCGCGCUUUGCAGUUGGCAAGGAGCGACGUGAUCAUACUAGACAAGUCAUUGAAGCCUGGAGAACACCCACGCAGCACGAAAGGCAAAGACGAAGACACUAGACCUCUCGAUCGCUCAUUGUCUUUGUCCUUUAGAUGACCCGGUGGGCAAAGGCCUUCUCACCCGUCAUCUUGAAGCUGAUGUUGUCGUCGCUGGCGGCGGCUCGGCAGGCACAUCAGCAGCACUCGCCGCUGCAAGAAGCGGGGCGAAAACCGUCUUGAUACAGGCGAGGUAAGGUGGCGUCAAGUUCGCGCAUAUGCAUGGAGUCAUAUUAUUGGCACUUUUUGCACGUCACUUGACGAAGGGGAGUCCUGGGCGGCAAUAUGUCGUCCGAGUCGAAGCUGCAUCCAGUGGGUGCUGAUCACCUGGGCAAUCGGGGCGUCGAGCUUGAGACGGGGGCGCGUGAAGGCGGCAUCAUCGAGGAAUACACCCUUUAG